AUGCUUCCUGACCGAUACCUCCUCGCCAUCCUGGCCGCAGCAGUGGCAGCCACGACCUCGAUGGCGAAUGCUUCUUCAAGCGGUCCGCGAUCCUCCUCCACCUAUGACCCGGACAAGCCGGAGCAUUUCUACGGCCACCUCCUGGUGGAAUAUAUCUGCAACCGCGCUGCAUUGAGUGACGACUCGGCUUACUACACGAAGGACGUCCAUUACCAUCCACGCUCCGCCUACCAGGUAGUCAAGGGCGACUGGUGGGACACCAAAUAUGGAAACUGGACGAAUAACCACUUCUUGUACGGGAAGAAGCCCUACAGUGAUACAGAAAGGUAUCGGAAAGUGGAACACAACCUCUGCGUGAGCGGGAAUCGGUUCCGCGACCAGGACAAAGGGGGUGCGCUUGAGUCCUGGUUUAUGAUCCUGCCGAUGCCCCUGUUAGCCAAAGAGGAGGAGUGGUUUCUGGUUGAUCGCACAGCGUGCAUCCGGGGGAUCUACAUCCCCAUCGCACACCAGGCCUCGUAG